UAAAGGAGGUUUCCGUGAGUGUUCAUCCCCGCCGCUCUGCACCUCUCGGUCGAUGGUCGUUGAGGAAGCUUCCAUCUUGAGUCCCGUGAAUACCGAAAGAACCAUGGCGAGCGACUCCCCUGCGCGGAGUCUGGACGAGAUAGACCUGUCUGCACUCCGGGACCCGGCUGGUAUCUUUGAGCUGGUUGAGCUGGUUGGAAAUGGCACCUAUGGGCAGGUCUACAAGGGUCGACAUGUCAAAACCGGCCAGCUCGCUGCUAUUAAGGUCAUGGACGUCACCGGAGAUGAAGAGGAGGAGAUUAAAGCAGAGAUCAACAUGUUGAAGAAGUACAGCCACCACAGAAACAUUGCAACAUAUUAUGGAGCGUUUAUCAAGAAGAAUCCUCCGGGAAUGGACGACCAGCUCUGGCUGGUGAUGGAGUUUUGCGGGGCCGGCUCUGUGACAGAUCUGAUCAAAAACACCAAAGGGAACUCUCUGAAGGAGGAGUGGAUCGCUUACAUCUGCAGAGAGAUCCUCCGGGGUCUGACCCAUCUCCACCAGCACAAGGUUAUCCACAGAGAUAUCAAAGGCCAGAACGUGCUGCUGACAGAGAAUGCAGAGGUUAAACUGGUGGACUUUGGUGUGAGCGCUCAGCUGGACCGUACAGUUGGACGGAGGAAUACAUUCAUUGGGACGCCGUACUGGAUGGCCCCAGAGGUCAUCGCCUGUGACGAGAAUCCUGACGCUACAUAUGACUUCAAGAGUGAUUUGUGGUCGCUCGGUAUCACAGCCAUCGAGAUGGCAGAGGGAGCACCACCUCUAUGUGACAUGCAUCCAAUGAGAGCGCUCUUCCUCAUCCCCAGAAAUCCCGCCCCCAGACUCAAGUCAAAGAAGUGGUCGAAGAAGUUCCAGUCGUUCAUAGACAGCUGUCUGGUGAAGAGUCACAGUCAGAGGCCGAGCACCGAGCAGCUCCUCAAACACCCGUUCAUCAGAGACCUCCCCAACGAGCGGCAGGUCCGCAUCCAGCUGAAGGACCACAUCGACCGCACCAAGAAGAGGAGGGGGGAGAGGGAUGAGACAGAAUACGAGUACAGCGGCAGUGAGGAGGAGGAUGAAGAGAGGGACAUUGGAGAGCCCAGUUCAAUCAUCAACAUCCCCGGAGAGUCUACUCUGAGGCGGGACUUCCUGCGGCUCCAGCUGGCCAAUAAGGAGCGGUCGGAGCUGAUCCGUCGUCAGCAGCUGGAGCAGCAGCAGAACGAGGAACACAAGCGCCAACUGCUGGCUGAAAGACAGAAACGCAUUGAGGAGCAGAAAGAGCAGAGGCGACGGCUGGAGGAGCAACAGCGUCGAGAGCGUGAGAUGAGGAAGCAGCAGGAGCGCGAGCAGAGGAGGAGGUACGAGGAGAUGGAGCAGAUCCGCCGUGAGGAGGAGAGGAGGCAUGCAGAGAGGGAACAGGAGUAUAUCCGUAGACAGCUGGAGGAGGAGCAGAGGCAGCUGGAGAUCCUGCAGCAGCAGCUCCUGCAGGAGCAGGCCUUACUGCUGGAGUACAAGAGGAAGCAGAUUGAGGAGCAGCGGCAGGCCGAGCGGCUGCAGAGGCAGCUGCAGCAGGAGCGAGCCUACCUGGUGUCCUUGCAACAGCAGCAGCAGGAGCCGACUCGACCGCCACAGGACAAGAAGCAGCUGUACCACUACAAAGACCAGGCGCCCGGCACCAACGACAAACCCGCAUGGGCCAAAGAGGUGAUGCAUCGAGCUCAGAGCAACUCUCCUCGCAUCCCUCCAAAGAAAUAUCAUUCCUUCAGGGAGCCAAGAAAUGUCAACCUCGGCAACCUACUCUUACUCCCCGGUUACAAACCUCGACGCUCCCGCCCUCCUUCCUAUCCCGCCCACAACAGCCCCUCCAGAGAUCACCACCAUGUGCCUCAUAUCCGUGUUACCUGUAAACCUAACCCCGCCCCCAACUCUUCUCAGCCAGUAAUGCGCCGCAGGGGCCCCAAGUCCAGAGGGCAGAGCCCCAACUCCAGAGGGCGGAGCCCCGGCCGCCGGGUGGAGGAGCAUUAUAAGAUGAACAGACAGACUUCUCCUGCAUUGCAGCAUAAAGUCUCAAACCGGAUCUCGGACCCCUCUCUGCCGCCGCGCUCCGAGUCGUUCAGCAGUGGAGGAAUCCAGCAGGCCCGGACCCCACCCAUGCACCGCUCUGUCGAGCCGCAGAUGGCCCACCUAGUGCAAGUGAAGAGUCACGGUCUGUCAGGCUCCCAGUCCCUGUACGAUCCUCACGGCGUUUCUUCCUCCUCGGCGUCACCCUCCCCAUCCCGGCCUCCCAUGCCCCGGCAGAAUUCUGACCCCACCUCCGACACCCCUCCUCCCCCGCCCCUAUCCCGCCUGGCGCCCCCCCUCGACAAGCUGGACCGCAGCUCGUGGCUGCGACAGGACGACGACAUGCCCCCCAAGGUUCCUCAAAGGACGACCUCCAUCUCUCCGGCUCUGGUCAGGAAGCACUCUCCUGGAAAUGGACCUGGCCUUGGACCUCGGGCCGGAGCUCACCUCAUACGGGCCAGCAACCCUGACUUGCGGAGGACAGACAUUUCUAUGGAUACGCCCCUGAAGAGGACGAGCAGCAACAGCUCCUCCAGCUCCAGCACCCCGAGUUCCCAGGGAGGCUCCAACGAACGAGGAAAUUCAGCCGUUAUGACUGAAGGCUCAACAGUUUCUUCCCACGAGACCAAAGAUGACGGCAGAGAGGUGACACGACCCAGCAGGCCUGCAAGCUAUAAGAAAGCUGUAGACGAGGACCUGACGGCUCUGGCCAAAGAGCUGAGGGAGCUGCGACAGGGGGAAGAAACCAGUCGCCCGCCUGUCAAAGUGACCGACUACUCGUCGUCCAGCGAGGACUCCCACAGCAGCGAGGACGAGGAGGGUGAGGGCAGGUCCAAUGACGGAUCAGUGGCCGUCAGCGAUAUACCGCGCAUUAUGCCAGCUGCAGGUCAAGGCAGCAACGAGUCCUUUGGCGGGAUAGGAGGACACAAUGACACCCAUGACGACGCGUAUGGAAACAGCUCCCAGGACAGCACCCUGAUGAUGCGUGAGUACGGAAUGGGAGGCAGCGGGGGCUCCAAGUCGUCCUUCACACCGUUCGUUGAUCCGAGGGUGUACGGGACGUCCCCGACUGACGACGAUGAUAACAUCUCUGCCUCAGCGCUGUUUGCUGAUGAGCUUUUGAAGCACGAGCAGGAACAGGCGAGACUCAACGAGGCCAAGAAGAUCUCUGUGGUCAACGUGAACCCGACCAACAUCAGACCGCACAGCGACACACCCGAGAUCCGCAAAUACAAGAAACGUUUCAACUCCGAGAUCCUCUGUGCAGCUCUGUGGGGAGUGAAUCUCCUGGUGGGGACGGAGAACGGCCUGAUGUUGUUGGAUCGAAGCGGUCAGGGCAAAGUUUACAACUUGAUUAAUCGACGGCGCUUCCAGCAGAUGGACGUCUUGGAGGGACUCAACGUCUUGGUCACCAUCUCAGGGAAGAAGAACAAGCUGCGUGUUUACUACCUGUCCUGGCUGAGGAACAGGAUAUUACACAACGACCCUGAGGUGGAAAAGAAACAGGGCUGGAUCACUGUCGGGGAGCUGGAGGGCUGUGUGCAUUAUAAAGUCGUGAAGUACGAGAGGAUUAAAUUUUUGGUGAUUGCUCUGAAGAACUCAGUGGAGAUCUACGCUUGGGCGCCGAAACCUUACCACAAGUUUAUGGCCUUCAAGUCGUUCACUGAUCUGCAGCAUCGCCCCCAGCUAGUGGACCUGACCGUGGAGGAGGGACAGAGGUUGAAAGUCAUUUACGGCUCCAGUGUUGGCUUCCAUGUCAUCGAUGUCGACUCGGGCAACCCUUACGACAUCUACAUCCCCUCACAUAUUCAGGGUCAGGUGACCCCGCACGCCAUCGUGGUUCUGCCCAAGACGGACGGCAUGGAGAUGCUGCUGUGCUACGAGGACGAAGGCGUCUACGUCAACACCUACGGACGCAUCACCAAAGACGUGGUGCUGCAGUGGGGCGAGAUGCCCACCUCCGUCGCCUACAUCCACUCCAACCAGAUCAUGGGCUGGGGAGAGAAGGCCAUUGAGAUCCGCUCCGUGGAGACGGGACACCUCGACGGAGUUUUCAUGCACAAGCGAGCUCAGCGACUGAAGUUCCUGUCGGAGAGGAACGACAAGGUCUUCUUCGCCUCUGUGCGUUCUGGAGGCAGCAGUCAAGUCUUCUUCAUGACCCUAAACAGAAGCUCCAUGAUGAACUGGUAACCCUUCACCUCGACCCACAACCGUCUUCUUCUUCACUCUGAGCAUCGGCCGACAUAAGAAGGGAGGGACGGCGAAGGGACAGCUUUUUUGUGUGUGUUUAUGAUGUGUGUGUGUGUGUUCCUGGAAGAAAACCACAAGCUCCUGAACAAAAACAUUUGAGUAACUAGAGGAAGAGUUAGACCACAGGAGUGUGUCCCAUCCACAGAAACCCUCCAACUACGGGGGGCGCUGCAGGCCUCACUGAUGGUUACACUGCCUACUGAACAAGGAGGACACCGUAAUCAACAGUGGGCGAUUCCUUCACCAUGUGGAUUUUUUGAUGGUUGUUCUGAAGUGUUUGGAUCCAAACUUUAGCGGACACUGACAUCAUGCCGAGUAGCCUUUGACUUCCCCAUUUGGUCGAAUGGGAAGCUGUAGAGACAUUCUCUGUGUAGCACAUUAUUGAUUCCUUACAGGGUGUUCACACUGCGAGUACAAUAUGUCCGUCUUCUUUGCUUGCUGGUGGUAAUGUCGGCGUUAUGACUGCAUUUAUUGCAGCAUCUCUGACUUAUUUAAGUAAGUAAUGGGUGGACACUUUUGGCUGUUAAGGUAGCAUCAAUAGCAGAAAGAAAAUUCAGAUGGUCAUUAACCCAAAAACUAGAUGCAACAGUUUUUAAGAUGUGCAAACCCAAAUCCCUUACAGGCAAUCAGAACAUUCACACUAAGCUAGUUCUAUUUUAUUUUGGCCUCAUGUCCACCCUGAGCUGAUGUUUUCUUUUUACCCAAAAGAAGGUGAUGAAUCCUAAAACUCAGACCAAAUGUUAUACUGUGGGCAGGCAAGUCAACUUUUUUGAAAUCCUCAUACUGACUGUUUCUGCAGUUCAACUUCUGUCCAAAACAAGCUGCUUUAGCUCCUGUCUCUUAAAGGCCCCCUCUAUGAUAGCUCACUUAUUUCUUUUUGGCCAGCAGUCCGGAAUCAUGCCAAGGGUUUAGAUUUUUCUGGGGUGGUUUCACAGAUUUGGGCUGUGUCUGAAACUGCACACUUUCAUACUAUUAAUAACAAGAACGUCACAUUGUACAUUCCAAAAUCCCAGCAUGCAAUUUUAUGUAUGCGAGAAAUACCCGGUUAUAUACUAGACUGGCUGAUUUUUUACAAGUGUGACACAGGAGCACACUGGUCAUACUAAAGCACCCCAGAAUGCAUUGUGACUCUCAGGGUGCAUUCACACCUGAGCGGUUUGGUCUGUUUGAAACAAACUCUGGCACGCUUAGUCGGAUAGUUUGUUUGGCUUGGGGUGGUAUGAAUGCUCAAACGAACUCUUGUGUGGACCAAAGAACCGAGUUCUGGUCUGGAAGAAAACAGGGGUCUCGGUUCGCUUCCAAGUGCAUUGGUGUUCGAUUCGCCUUAGGUGAGAAUGCGAUCCGAACCAAACAAGGGACGUUAACCAAAAAGCAGUGCAUUGUGGGUGGAAUUUUGCCAGAUAUUUCAAAAUAAACAGCGAAGGUUAAAUAGGUUCGCAAAUGUUAGACUGUAUAUAACCAUUAUUAUUUACAGUCUAUGGUUUAACCUGACAAAGCGGACAUAUAACUGUAUCUCCAUUUUGUAGAUCAAAUUACUGCCAAACUGCGCUGUGCUACCAGAUGCCGUUCUUCCACUGUCCUGCUGUUUACUUCUUGGUCAUAGUGCAGCAUUAGGCCAGAUGACAGUAUCCGCACUGCCCUGAGCUACAGCCCAAACAAGUGGCAGAUGGCUCCAGUACAAAACAUUUGACUAGCUUUUAUGUGCUUGACAAUGUGCAGUGUGUAAGCAAACAAAUGAUAAAUCCAACGGUGUUGCAACUUCACCCCUGAGUCCACUGAACUGUGAAAGGGGCCGCAGACUAUCCAAUGGCCAGCCAGCCAAAAAGCGACGUACAAAUAAAAGUAACCAAACUGUAAUAUGUUUUAUAUGUUGUCAAAUAUAAAACAUUAAAAUGAUUACAAGGUGUAUAAAUACUGAACAAUUGUAUAUUGUUUUCAGACUAAAUGUAGUAGUAUGCAGUAUAUACUGCUGGAGUACGUAGUAUGCAGUUUAUUUCUUGAUGGCCAAUUGUGAUAUUGCAACAACAAAUCACUUUAGGCAUUAAAAACCACUUGGAUGUUUACCCCUUUAUUCUAAACUUGAAGGUAAGUUCAAUAAAAACAUAGGAAAUUAGAAUAUUUAAUUUUCUUGAUAGAAAGAGGGAAAAAAAACACAACAGGUCCCUAUUCAGCAACUGUUGAAAAGAUGUUAGCUGUUCAGUUUAGUUAUUAUCUAUCUAUAUUGGUUGGCCGUCCAGUAAAACCAAUAAACAAUACAAGACAAUCAUGAGAGAAAAAUAUUUUAAUCUGUGGUCAUCAAUACAGACUAAUUUAAACUCUCAGUGUUACACUGUGGAGUCUAAAUGAAGUCUGUGACUCAUAUCGUCAAAGCAUCGAGUUGAAACACGGCAUAAAGAAUCAAAGGAGCAAGCUAAUGAAAUGCUACAGCUCAAACAAGUCAAAUUCAACUUGCAAAAUGGGCUUUUUCUUGUCUUCUAUUGUGAUCUUCACAGUCUCCUCAUGCAUGCGCCCACAUUAAUAUAAUGCAGUCCUGACAGCCACUUUGACAGCUCCAAAAUGUGUUUUAAAGAUAUUUUUGGGCUUGUUUUUGCCUUUAUCUGUAUGAAGUUUGCAGAAAAUUGGGAAUGGAGGAUGACGUGCAGCAAAUGUGAGGAAUCCCUUUUAAGUUUGAACAGAGACCUUUACAAAAAACAACUUAUUUUGGGCAUAUGGCAUUUUCAAACAUCUCUUAAUUAACCGGCUAUGUGUGUCAUGUCAUAUUAUUGGAUUCUAUUCACAAUUAUGAGACUCCUUUUUAUUCUUAUCACCCAAACCCCUUCUGAUAGUGAUGAAUAGAUGUUCUUAGGCUAAUAUCUUGUAGCAAAAACUAACAGAUGUCUUCUUGCGCUGUCAGACAUUUUUCCUCAUGUAAAAAAAAAAAAUAGAGGGCUACAUCAGAAUCCGUCCACUGUGUAAAACUGUUGCAGACAUCUUGAUCAUUGCUUUGUCAGUAGGAGGUGAAUUGACCCUCUUGGACUUGAUGACGGUGUUGCUCACAGUGUGAACACUCAUUUCGAGUGCUGCUUUUGCUGAAAAACCUUCUGUGUCUGUUCCCCAUUAGAAGAGAAAAAUACAACAAACAAGCAGCUGGAGUCACAGGGGAAAUGAGACACACUUCUACACCUGUCAUAGAGGAUGCUGCACAGCUACUGCGGCUACUUUGUCCUGGUAUUUUACUAAUAAGGAAGGGAAGCUUGUAGAUAUUGUAUUAUUGCUGUAACAGCAACACAAAAACUACACAUCAUUUCUCACAAAAAAAAAAAAGAACUUGGCGUAGAGUAGUUGCCAACUUCUGGAAGUUUCUUAACUGCCCUUUGUUUUUCUGUCCCUACUAUUCUGUGUAUACCGCACCUGUGUAAAUACUCACUUUGAUGUUAAGGGCAGACUUUGCAAAAGCAGGUGUGAAGACUGAAGAAAAAAAUAAGCAACGGUCUGGCUUUUUUUUUGUUUGUUACACCUCUUUGAAAAAUGUCUGUUAGUUUCUCUCAGAUUGGGUUUUUUUUAGACCAAUGAGCUGAACAAAAAGUUUGGUUUGGGUUAACACAUGUUUUUCUCUGUAGUCCAUCACUGUUUAUUUAAUUGUGCAUUUUGCAUGGUGACAUACAUGUUUUACCUGACAUCACUUGUUAUGAAUUGUAAGUUUAAGGCAAUACACUGACUGAUCUAUCUGUACUAGCUGGACAACAAGAGAAGAACUUUCUGCAGGAGCCCUAAAACAAAAAGUAUAAACUGUAAAAUGAAAGUUAGCUAUUAUUAUCUUAGCAUUUGGGCUUUCUCCGAAAUAACAGUCAGAUAGGUCAAGUUUGUACACAGAAAAGUUAGCAUUAAAUACAUCUUUUGUUGACGGUCACGCCCAGACCGAGCAGGACGGGACUCCAGCAUCACUUUGAACAGCAUUUUCUAUUUUUGGCACGGUUGACCUUUUGAUGAUGGUCCCUAAAUGCUAGUGUUUGUGGAAUUUUGAACAGGCUGUGAGAGAGGGAAAUGUGUUCAUUUUUACUUGAUUUUUUCUUAAAAUUGGUCUUUAAGGAUGCGACAGGUGUAAGUGACGCCACUUUAAAGGCCAGCUGAACCCUUUUAAAUGUGCAGGAUGUUAGCAGCAACAAACACCCUGUGAAUAAAGGUCAGGAGGCAGGGUCUGUUUGAGAAACCAUAGAUUAAAGAUAUAUAUACUGUAAGAAUUUCCGUUAUGAUGAUAUCAUACUGAUCAUUUUAGAGGAAGACAAAAAAAAUAAUGUUCACUUGUUAAAGCUUAGUUGUCUUUCUACAGAAUAGAGAACAUAGCUAUAAGAAUUUCUAAAAAAAAAAAAAAUACAACGUUUUUAUUGUGGUAUUAUUUGUAUUUGUAUUUCAAUUUUUGUACGUAUCAAGACUGUGAACGUAUGUAUGGCUGUCAGCCUGUGAGGGUGUGUGUGUGUGUGUGUGUGUGUGUGUGUGGGUAGGUGUGUGCACAGGGUGCUACAUGCAUGUGAGUGGAUGUUUUCACCUUGUCUAAAUCACUGGAAUCAGUCGAAAGACGGCCUCAAACUGGUAACACACAUCUGUGAUGUUUGAAAAUCUACAAUAAAUGUCCUCUCCUUGUACAGCCACAGAA